UAGAUGGCUGGAUUUUCACACCCUCUCCUUUAGGAUCCUAUGUGGAAUUGGAAUACGCCUAGUGCCAAUAAUCACUGGUUAACCACACUUUUAAAAAUAGAAGCAACUCUCUGAUUAUCUGGUUUAAAUCCUCCUUUUGCAAAUAAGGAGUCUACAAACAGACCAGUUCACAGAUAUCCCGACUCAACACACAGCAUAUUUAUUGUAUAGCCUCCUUUUUAGUGUGAGCAUUUAACAUUAACCUAAGACGUUAUUCUGUGUAACUUCUUGAUAAAGCUGCUAGUUUCCUCAGGGGAAUCCAGCCUAGCUAAAUUUUAAUCUCUGGAUGGUGGCUUCAGCUAUAAAAGUUUUAGCUGAGGUUUUAAUGGCCAGACUUAAGUAAAUUUAACAGACACAACAGCAGGUAUUCUAAUUACAUACACCAUUAGAGGGCAUUAUGGGAGGAUUAAAUUUUUUCCUAUUAAAAUAAGCUGUAGUCCAUAAGCAGCGUAAUUUACCAGCAGGAAAGAUUCUGAUGCCCCAGAAAGGGUUCAUAUAAAAAGGAGACUAAGGAAGACAGAAGUCACAAUACUCAACACAUCCCAAAGAAGCUUGGGUUCUUUGGCUAUUUACCUCCCAACAGGAUGGAGCCAACUCCCAAACUCCUGGCUGGACUUGUCCUGUUGACUUUAUGUGUGGAAAGCGGCUCAGGCCAGCACUGGUCCUAUGGCCUGCGUCCUGGAGGAAAGAGAAACGCUGAAACCUUGGUUGAUUCUUUCCAAGAGAUAGCCAAAGAGAUUGAUCAACUGGCAGAACCCCAGCACUUCGAAUGUACCCUCCACCAGCCUCGCUCUCCCCUCAGGGACCUGAGAGGCUUUCUGGAAAGUCUGAUUGAAGAGGAAACAGGGCAGAAAAAGAUUUAAAUCCAAUGGGUCAGAAGGAUGAACAACAUUUAAGUAUAACACUGACAUUAAAAUUUGUGACCCCUAAAAUACCUAUACAUUGUGGAUUUCAGAAAUUCUUACAUCAAUAUGCACAUAUUUCACAAUAAAGUUCUGUGUUGUAAGUAAAGUGAUAUAAAGGUGAAGUCUUUAACUCGGUGCUCUGAGGGGAAGGAUAUUGUUGGCCCCCCCGAAAGGGAGCUCCUCCU